GUAACUGCGCAUGCGUAAUAAGCGGCGGGCGGGUUGAGGCGAUUCAGGCGAACACUUUCUUGAGGGGUUUUAACUGCUUCUGCCCUUCGGCUUCGGAGGGAGGCUGUCGCCCGCGGAGCCUUUACUUAUACUUUAGAGAUAGAUAUUCUGGUCAUUCUCUGCAGGAUGGAUGCCUCUGGGAACUCAGUAACAGGGACUUCUUCCUCAAAUAGCACAGAUGCAUUCUGCAGUUCUGGUGAUAGUUCUUCAUUUCAACCCAUCAAAACUCACGUGACCAUCCCAACAGCUCAUGUCAUGCCUUCUCCUUGUCCUGCGAAUGAGCCAAGCACAUCUCGGACCACUCUGGCAUCCACUCUGACAAACUCAUCAGCUGAGGCACAAGGGGUGACAUCCAGCUGUGUCCCUGAUACUCUGAGGCAUUCCCAGGUGUUCCACGGAAGUGCUCAUCUAUAUCAGACUGCAGCGGGAAAUAGCCCCUUCCUUUCUUCUGAUCAAGCAGAUGUGGCAUGUGCUCAAAAACCUGCAAGGCUGGCUGCUGAGCUCACACUUAAUCAACCUUUGUUCAAAGAUCAGCAAGCCACUGGUUCUUGGUCCCCGCUUCAGAUGUUCAGACCAGGUACCAGUGCUGGCUUAGAAAAAGAACCAAGCAAAGUGCUGGAUGCUAAACAAACAACAGAGACCAACAGAGUCACUGAAAAACAGACGCUUAAUCCUGCUAGCCUAUAUUCCAGCCCAGCAGUUGCUCAGUCUCAGAUAUGGAAGCAAGAAACCUGUGGACUACAUCAGCUUGAGAACUGUGCACAUAGCACCUGGAAACAGCGCUUGGAAAAUGAUUGGCUGCAGGCGGAACAGAUACAGUUGCAAAAUAAAGCUGGUUGCUACCAUCCCUUGUCAAACACCACUCCACUGCAUACUUUUGAUCCAGCCCAGUGGGUCGGUAUUGUGAAUGCAAAUGAGCAUUUGCUUAGGGAAAAAGAAAUUCUCAUUGACAGGCAAAGGCAGCACAUUGCCCAGCUGGAGCAGAAAGUUCGAGAAAGCGAGCUGCACGUCCGUACUGCUUUCUUUGGCCACCCUGCUUCUUAUGGAGACAUGUACCUGCUCAGAAUGCAGGAAUUGCAGCGAGAGAAUAUAUUCUUGCGGGCUCAGUUCACUGAAAAAACAGAGUCAUUGUGCAAGGAAAAGAUUGAACUGGAGAAGAAACUUGCUGCUUCAGAAACAGGUAUAAAACAGUUUCAGGAGGCUCACAAAGAGACCAUGCAGAAGCAUACAGUGGAACUGAAGAAACAAGAAGAGAGAGUGAAGGCAAGAGACAAACACAUUGAACAGCUAAAAAAGAAAUGCCAAAAAGAAUCUGAGCAAAAUCGUGAGAAGCAGCAGAGAAUUGAGACUCUGGAGCGCUACGUUGCUGACCUCCCAAUGUUAGAAGAUCACCAGAAACAAAAUCAACAGUUAAAGGAAUCUCAGCAGGCAACAGCAGCUCUGCAGGAAACCGUUACAGCUCUUGAGAAGAAGCUUGGAGAGGUUCGUGCCAAUUGCAAAGAGAAGGAGUUACAGCUAGAAAUGCAGAAACACAAAGAAAUGGAACUGCUGUCCACUGUGCAUAGCUUACAAGAUAAGAUGCAGCGUGGAAAGACUCCAGCAGCAGAAAGUUUUGCCCAGGAGAUAGAGAGAGAGAAACGGGAAAAGGAUUCAUUGCAAAAAGAGCGGGACCUCCUCAGGAAGAUUGUGGAUAAUCAGAAGAAGAAGAUCGAUCAGUUGUCUUCACAAGUAAAGGACAUGGAGCAACAGCUUGCUCAGGAGGAAGGCACAGGUCAGGCCUUAAAAGCUGAAGCACUGAGAAAGGAGAAUGCGCUGCAGCAGCUACGUGUGGCUGUAAAAGAGAUGUCUGCACAGAAUCAGGAACUGAUGGAGAAAAAUCUGACUCUUCAGGAGCACCUCCGCCAGAUUGAGCCAGAUCACCUGCUGUCUGAUGAGACAACCCACCUUACCCAAGAACUGCACAGAGAGCUGGCCAGCUGCCUGCAGGACUUGCAAUCUGUCUAUAGUGUAGUAACUCAAAGGGCUCAAGGAAAGGAUCCCAACUUGUCAUUACUGUUGGGGAUUCACACUGUGUAUUGCUCAGUGAAAGAAGAGGAAGAUUUGCUAAAACCAGACAUGCUAGCAAAGAAGCUGGAGGAUGUAAAAGAGUUGCACAAAGACAUUGAGGAUUUGCGAACUGCUAUUUCUGACAGAUAUGCCCAGGAUAUGGGGGAUAACUGCAUCACACAGUGAAAGCAAAAUGGUGAAACGUACGAACUAAGACUCCAGAUGAGUGCAACCUGCUCUAGGGUGAAAUCUUUGGAAACCUGUUAAUAUAGUCCUUUGGGAUGCUAGGUACAGUAUUUUUGAGUCUAUAACGCAGAGUACAGACAGGCUUCUUAAAGAUGUGUCUUGGUGUUAACGCACCCAUAUUGGUUAAAAUGUUCACAUGCAGAAGCACUUUUCAAACUAUAUUUUUGUAUCUUCUUAGUCAAGUAGUAACUUGACAUUUGAAUGUGUGGAUUUUCACCCUGAAACGCCUUAAUCGUGCCUAAAAAUAAACUCCUUGAAAG